AUAUGCUCCUCUUCGGUUGCCUCUCGGUGCGCGUGCCGCCGUCGCUGAGCCGGCGCGAGGCCAUGUCCUCCCCGCUCGCCGCCGCUGCCGCCGCCUCGCUCGCCGCCGCGGGCUCGCCCUGGCCCGCCGCCGCCGUGGUGGCCGACGGCGUCACCUACGACGACCUGCCUCCCAAGGCGCAGCAGGCCUACCAGCAGUACUGGCCGGCGCUGCAGCUGGCGGCCGACUCGUACGUCUUUGAGCUCUACGACCUGCUCCCCGAGCCCGGCCGGUGGGACUCGAUUGGCGCUAUCACGGAGUCGACCGACAUCGGCUCCGCCGCCUCGGUCUCAAAGCUGGAGCGCGAGUACCUCACUCCGAUGCGCAUCCUGGCUCUCGCCUUCCCGCCCGACGCGGGCGGCGAGGAGAUGCAGGCGGCCCUCAACAAGUUCCAGGGCAGCAUGUUUCAGCUCUCGCGGCUGGCGCGAGCCGGGCAGACGACGGGGAACGUCGCCGCGCCGAGCGCCAAGGAGGUUGCGGCGGUCGAGAAGACGUGGGACGACGGGCGGACCGCCAUCAACUCCUUUUUUGAGGCGCUCAACUCGGGCACUGCCGGCGCUGCGUCUGCGAGCGGCAAGGUCGCGCCGCGGCUGGUUGGCAUUCCGCCCAAGGGCGCGGGCUACCCGCGCUCCAAGAAGCUGUACACGCAGCUGCGGAAAGACGCCGCGCUCUGCCGCAACCGCGGCGGCGAGGCGCUCGCCGGCUUGUGGGGCAACUUGAUGGUGUACGGCACGGUGCCGGGGGUCAACCCUUGCGGGUCCGUCAACAUGGCAAACUAUUUUGCCCAGUGAGGAGAGUAUGCGGGAGGAGGCAUCUCGCGCCCGGACUAGCAUGCGCGCGCAACACCGGCGGGGGGCGUGUCUGGCGCGGGCCUCUUCUCCACUCUCUCGCCUGAUACGUUCUGAGAACGACACCGGUUGAUGUUGUUGAUUGUGUGACUGUGAUCGCGUGCGCGGCGGUCAAUGAGUGACUCUAUCUACUCGUUUC